AUGCUUGUGAACACCAACCGGCAACCAUCCAACUCGGACCGACAACUCAAUCACUCCUCGCACGACAACGUCAGUCUCCAAACCACAAGUACAAUACCUCAGAGCACAUCUCUUUGCAGGUAUACCAAUUUGCCUACCUUCAAGUCUUCAAAAAGCCACCCAAGUGAAGAAAUAAAACGAACAAAAUCAAACCAAAAUCAAACAAGACAAGAAGAAAAAAAGACCAUGGCUAUAAACAAGUUCCAAGUCGGAGCCAAGGAGCUGGCCUUUACGCUGUCUCUAUCUACAGCUGAUCUUCUACUCCACAACAGGCUGGCUACAAGGCCUAUCCACUCCGCCUUGCAACUUCUAGAACAGAAGUUUGCUGUCCCCUACAGAAAGAAAAUGUGCAAUAGAAAUGAAUACCAAGCCUGUCAACCCAAGAAAGAUCACUCAGAUCUCAACUCUCGGAAGUAA